AUGACAUGUACAGGGCCGGACAUAGCAUUUGCGGUUGGUAAAUUGAGUAGAUUUACUAGUAAUCCAGGUCUCCAACAUUGGUUGGCGAUAAGGAGAGUAUUACGAUACUUGGAAAGAACCAUAAAUUAUGGUAUAACUUAUAGUGAUGAACCUCCAAUUUUGGAAGGUUGUUCCGAUGCUAGUUGGAUCACUAAUGAAGAGGAUAAUUCUUCAACUAGUGGUUGGGUCUUUGUUUAUGGGGGAGGUGACAUUUCAUGGGCUUCCAAGAAACAAAUGAUAAUAGCAAAUUCCACUAUGUCUGCGGAAUUCAUUGCACUUGCUCGGCGGCAAAUGAAGCGAAGUGGUUAA